CUCCCGUCCCGUCCAGCCACAUAGCAAGCUGACAUGUAACCGAUUUGAAUUCUACGGCCCAGCGUUUGAAGGGAGUUUCAGAAGCAUCAGGUUGACGGCUUUACGUAAUAGGUGUUGCAUUUGACUCUCAGUCGAACCUGCCGUACCCUGUGAAAUGACAUUCCAACUUUAUAACGCGGAGUAGGAGCUUUAUAAACCUUGGCUUAAUCGGAACUUUGUUUCGUCGGUUUGAUUACGCAGUCGGAAGCAUUUGCCAGUCGGACACUUGAAACAUCAUAUCAGGAAGUUGCUGUUUACCUGUAAAGAUGAUCCUUUAGUGAUAUCAUCAUUAAAAAUUUAUUUUUUUUUAUUUUAUUUUGGAUUAGUGAUCGGAAAUUAUAUAUACAUAUAUAUAUAUAUAUAUAUACAGCUAUAUAUAUAUAUAUAUAUGUAAAUAAAGUUACAUUUCGUUGUGCCGAUUUAAAACGAUGGAAUCGGGACGCCGGAGAGGUUUAAACAGCCUCCUGUCGUCAGUGUCACUACUCUGUGUGGUCCUGGACCUGCAGCUGGACGGUGUGUUAGGUGCCACCCAUGUGGAAAUCGAGCAGCACCUGGAGAUGGGCCGCAAGCUUCUUGCUGCGGGGCAACUGGCAGAGGCGCUCUCCCAUUACCACUCAGCAGUUGAGGGUGAUUCAAAGAAUUACCUGACAUACUACAAACGUGCGGCUGUGUUUCUGGCCAUGGGGAAGUCCAAAUCAGCCUUGCCAGAUCUGACUCGAGCUAUUCAGCUUAAACCAGACUUCCUAGCUGCUCGGAUACAAAGGGGGAAUAUUCUCCUGAAGCAAGGAAACCCUCAAGAAGCCAGAGAUGAUUUCCAGGCAGUGUUGCAGCGCUCUCCAGACACAGAGGAGGCCCAUAAUCAGCUCCGCAGAGUCAUGGAGCUGGAGGAGCUCCAGGAGGAGGCACAUAAGGCCCAUCACCGUGGCGAUUACACCACCACCAUCCAGGUGCUAGAGCGGGUCAUAGAGCUCUCUCCAUGGGAUCCAGAAUCUCGGGAGCUAAGAGCAGAAUGUUACAUCCGCAUUGGGGAGCCGAGGAAAGCCAUAUUAGACCUUGCGCCUGCAGCACGGCUCAGAACAGAUAACCGAGCAGCUUUUCUAAAACUCAGCCGUCUGUUAUAUGACCUGGGAGAACACCAACAGUCACUCAGUGAGAUCCGGGAGUGUCUGAAACUGGAUCAAGAUGACAAGGAAUGUUUUGCUCAUUACAAGCAAGUGAAGAAGCUUAGCAAACAACUAGACUCUGCUGAGGAACUGAUCUCAGAACAGCGAUAUCAAGAAGCAAUAGAAAAAUAUGAGUCUGUAAUGAGGACUGAACCGAAUGUUCCGUUCUACACUCACAAAGCGAAGGAGAGGAUCUGCUUCUGUCUAGUGAAGAAUAAGAAGGCAGAGGAGGCAGUAGACACGUGUUCAGAGGCCCACCAGAGAGACCCUCGAAAUAUCCACAUCCUCAGAGACAGAGCUGAAGCCUACAUUCUGCUACAGGACUAUGAGAAAGCUGUGGAGGAUUAUCAGGAGGCACGGGAGUUUGACCAGGACAAUCAGGAGAUCCGUGAGGGUCUUGAACGUGCACAGAAACUCCUGAAGAUGUCGCGGAAAAGGGACUACUACAAAAUCCUGGGAGUAAGCCGGACUGCUAGCAAACAGGAAAUCAUUAAAGCAUAUAGGAAAUUGGCACAGCAAUGGCAUCCGGACAACUUCCAGUCUGAAGAAGAAAAGAAGAAGGCUGAGAAGAAAUUCAUCGACAUUGCUUCAGCUAAGGAGGUUCUUACAGAUCCAGAAAUGCGUCAGAAAUUUGACUCAGGAGAGGAUCCCUUGGACCCUGAGAACCAGCAGGGCGGAGGUGGUGGAGGAGGAGGAGGCUGGCCAUUUGGUUUCAAUCCCUUUGAGUCGGGUGGAAAUUUUCAAUUCAAGUUCCACUACAACUAAUAUGACGUUAAAUACGAUGGACAUGAUUAUUAUGGACAAUGGACUGGAUUUAUUUAAAAUCCCACAAAGGGAAGAUAAGGAGAAAAUCCACGUAUUCUUCAGAUGGCUCUUCUGUUGGCUUUUUAUCACAUUGGGGUAGUUGUGUGCCAAUUCAGACCUGAAAAAGCUGACUUUUGGGUCUCUUAAGGAAUCAAAUGUUCUUACGUGAUUGAAAAAUUGUUUUUGCUCGACUCCAUGCAGCCAAUGGGUGUGAUGAAUUGAAGUCUUAUUUAGUAUUUUUCAAAUCUAUAAUGUUUCAGCUUUAUCAGCUGAACAUUUCUAUGGCAUCUGCUUUUCCAUCUAGGUCCCAUCUGUCUCUCACUCUCGCGCUCUCUCUGUCUGUCACCCACAAGUUCGCUGUCUCCUCUUUUUUCUCUAAUUGAGUAGUUCACAUAGGAGGGGGCCUGAUUUCAGUACUGUACUUAAGAAGUGUGUAUCUGUGGCAGUAAAUGUUUUUAAGGUUCAGUCUCAACACUCCAGACUUGAUUACAAUAAAUCAGUAUUGCACUAUUUUGUGCAUUUAAUUGAUUGGUAUAGUUUAUAGGGGAUGAAAAUGGUUAGCCAGAACAAUGAGAUUGUCUCUUCCUGUGUAGUUUUUUUUUUCAUGAUUACCCUUGAAAGUUUGCUCAGUACAUUUAAAAAAAAAAAAUUAACCACCUUGGUUAUUGAAUGAAUGGAGAACCUACAAGUCUAGUUCUUGCAGUCAAUCCAAGACACGAUCAUGGCUUCACAGAAGUACCAAAAUACCUCAUGGCCUGACCAUACACAAAACACACUCAACGGCACUGGUAAACUGGCCCACUCUCAGCCUACUACUUCAUAAAGUUUACCUGCUUUUUCAGCUUACUGUCUCCAGAUUAAUUUACUCUAUAACAUGCAGUCCAAUCUAUAUCUGACACAAAGUGUGGCAGAUAGACCGACCUAAUUUUGUUUUGGAAGCAUCUGUAACGAUUAAUAUCUAUGUGACUACUCUUCUCUACUUAUAUAAACUUGCAGGUUCCCAUUGAAUGGUUUAGUGAUUUUUUUCCCCAAGGAGUAUUUAUGGCUUUGUGUUUCAUAAUUUUCUGCAUUCUUUGAAUGAACUUAUUUGAAGUCACUUUUAGGUUGGAUUAUUUAAAAAUAAGAGGGAAUGUUCUGAUUAA